UUGAAUACAGCUUCCAAAUAACAGGAUUUACUGGAAACAGUUGCUCAUGUCAGAAUCUCCCCUUAUUAACGAUGACCAGUUGGCCCUGAAGCUGAACUAUAAAAACGACUGGCCAACCAGUUAGUGCCACAUAUUCCAUCAGCCUUAAACCGACGGCAAACGUUCUGCGCAAACGGUUCCGAAUUUGCCAAGAAUUUUCCCACGUCGUUUCAAUGGAAUCUUUAGGUAUCGCUGUAAUCGUUGGGCUUGCAUUGAGCUUUUCGGAAAGCCUACGUGUCGUUCAUGGAAAAAACUUGCACAGACAUGUUGGGUGCGAGAUCGAGUGCUUGUUGGAUGACUAUUUCCCAUUAUGUGGAACGGAUGACAAAACAUACGCAAAUGAAUGCUUCUUGUUCCUGAAGAACGAGUGUGAUAAUGUCUCCGCUUCGAGAAUCCGCAAAGCUUACGACGGUGUUUGUAAACUGGGUCAGCAAGGCUGUGAAAUUCCAUGCAAUGGUCUUGGAUAUACAUUAAAUCCAUUAUGCGGUACGGACGGAAAGACAUACGAUAAUGAUUGCGAACUUGAUGGCAGGAACAGAUGCGAUGGCACCGCGAUUACGAAAGCUUACAAUGGAGAAUGUAAAUUGACUGCGCAAAUUCCAACCAUUUCCUUGUAGGUACUACAUUAUGUAAUCCGUUACGUUGGACAAAUGAAAACUUGCAGGAACACUUUGCCAACCGUUUAAAUUGCGUGAAUGACAAUCAUCCAUGCCCUGAACUUACAACGAUGAAUGCAAGACUCGCGUGGCUUCUCGUCAACAUUAUGGACACCAAAAGGAUUUAACCUGUUUUCCCUCUACGUCU